AUGCCGCUAAUAUCUCGACUGCAAUUAGGAUGGGCGGUUGGAAACAUAUCAGAUGUUUGUUGUGGUACAUCAGGUUUAAAAGAUAUUAAAAAUACUGUCUUAAGAGUGAAGUCUAUUGUAGAAUAUUUUAAAAGUAAUUCAUCAGCAUUAACAAAAUUAAAAGAAAUCCAACAGCAAAUGGGUCUUCCAGAAUUAAAGUUAAAACAAGACGUUGUCACACGGUGGAACUCGACACACGAUAUGUUAAAUCGAUUCCUUACAUUAAAAGAGGCCAUAAUUCCUACUGUGGCAAUACUCAGCACAGAUCUGGAAAUGUUAACACCGGAAGACUGGAAAAUCGUUGACCUCGCGAUUAAAAUAUUGGAGAUAUUUUACAACGUCACAGUAGAGAUGAGUUCAGAAACACAGGUUACUUUAAGUAAAGUAAUUGUGUUGACAAAAAUUAUGAUAAAACACGUGAAUAAGCAUAUUAAUGAGGACACUGGAUUACCUGCGCAAAUAAUAUUAUUAUUGGACACCCUGAAGCAGCAGUUGUCGGAUAGAUUCCAAAAUAUUGAAUCCAACCCUAUGUACGCGGAAGCAACAAUUUUGGAUCCGCGCUUCAAAGGUUUCGCGUUCAGAGAACAAGAAAAAUUUAAUGUAGCUGUAACGACCUUAAGACGACGUUUAGCAAAUACAGCUACUGAGACGGCCCGUGGUAUUACCACGGAGACAACAUUUGUAACUAUGGCUGAAACCGCAACUCAACCUGUGGCCGCAACAUCAGCAUCGCUUUGGGACAAUUUUGAUGCUGAACUGAGUCAGCAUCUCAGACCGCAAAAUCAAAUGGCAGCAGGAAUAAGAGAGCUAGAUAAAUAUCUAAAUGAUGAAAUGCUGCCUGGAAAUCACGAUCCCUUAAUUUGGUGGGAAAGCAGAAAAGGAAUUUAUUCUAUUCUGCACCAACAUGCAAAAAAAGAGAUUUUGCGCGAUAAAAAUAUACAAUUUAUCAAUGCAUAUCAACUUAACGAGUGUCUUUGGGAUCCGAAACACCCGCAGUAUAAAAAUAGAGAUGCUCGAGAAGCGGCAUACAAAAGAAUUAAGGAAGCCAUGCAAAUGGAAACUGUUAAAGAUGUUGUUAGCAAAAUACGAAUACUUCGUAAUACUUACAAUAAUGAACUUUUGAAGGCAAAAAAAACACCAAACAUCAAUCAAGAAGCUUCUGCUUCUGAAUCCAAUAGUGAAGAGUUCAUUGUACCAUGCACACCUACAAGAAACAAAAGGAAAAUAAAAGAUCCGCUUCUUAAAGCAGUUGAUGCGUUAGAAAAAUUUUCGUCGCAGAACUUUUCUAAUGUUAGAGCGAUGACGAAUUUGACCUUUUCGGACGUACUAUAG